GCCAUGGCUUUGGCAUCAUGGUACCAUCGUGACAUCAGCCGUGUGAAAGCGGAGGACUUGCUGGCACGGGCAAGGAGGGAUGGCAGCUACCUGGUGAGAGACAGUGAGUCAGUGCCAGGAGCCUAUGCAUUAUGCCUGCUGUUUAAACGUCAUGUUCAUACGUACCGUAUUCUUCCUGACCCGGAUGGUCUUCUGGCAGUUCAGACAACACAGGGUGUGCAGGUGAACUGUUUUCGGACGCUGGAGGACUUGGUGUUGGGAUACCAGCAACCCCACAAAGGCCUGGUGAUCCCUCUUCUCUACCCUGUGUCCCAUGACACAGACACAGGGGAUGAGAGCUCAGAUGAUGAGAAACCAACUCCCAUUCCAGCCUCUGUCAGUACAGCGCCAUUCAUGGGAUCACCAACAAUACCAGCCCCCCAUACCUUAUUCCUGGAGAAGCUGAAAGAGCUUAAUACACCAAAUAUUGCGGGUGGAGUGAUUGGCCUGCUCAAUGACUACCUCUUCAGUGAGCUGCCGCUGGACAUUGAGAAUGUGCAUCAAGGGGCAACAACUUUAUAUCACCUCAAGCGUACUUUGGCUACAGCCUGCCAAGGCCUCAACAGCGAGAUAGAUCUCACUCUUUCAAGUCUGGAAACCUUGGCCAAAGUCUUUGACCAUCCCAGCUGCUCUUUAACUCCUAUCAAGACACAGGAUCCAGAGAAGGAGAUUGACAGCUUGCUGUGUAAAAUCUCAGCAUUGAUCAGCCUUCUUUCUUCGUUGGAGAAAAAGGUUUUACAAGCAUUACAAGAUGCUGUGACCAAUCACAACCUGGCAGUGCAGCCCAGCCCGCCACCUCCUGAACCAGUACCCACCAUUGUUAUGCCUGCAAAGAACAACACCAGACAGCUGCCUGUCCACUCCUUUCAGGUGAAGAUGGUGAGAUACGGCAGACAAACUGUUUCUGUGGAUGUGGACACAGGAGUCCUGCUAUUCGACAGGAAAGCGGGCUCAUUUGGUAUCGAGAGAGUCUCGCAGAGCAGAAUCCUUCAGAUUGUCAAGUUACAAAACUACCCAGCCAAGAUCCGAAUGGUUGUUGACAGCUACCACAACACACCGCGGGAGAUGACAUUUGAGAGUGCUCGGAAAUGCGACUCGUUCUGCCAACUCCUCCUGCUGAUGAAGUCCAGGCACUCUCAGCUGGAUGAACCUGAUGUGGUCUCUGUGUUUGUUGGCACCUGGAAUAUGGGUAGUUCCCCUCCUCCUCGAAUCCUGCAGUCGUGGGUGACCUGCUGUGGUUUGGGACACACCCCUGAUGAGUCGACUGCUUUGCUUCCUCACGACAUCUAUGCGUUAGGGACUCAGGAAAACCCUCAGGGGGAGAGGGAGUGGACAGAACAAAUCAAAGCAACUCUUAACAGCUAUACACAAGUCAACUUCAAACUGGUGGCAGUGCAGUCCCUCUGCAAUAUGAGGUUGGCUGUGUUCGCAAAGCCUGAGCAUGAGAGUCGCAUCAGCCACGUGAACACAGCCAGUGUGAAGACUGGUCUUGGAAACACUUUAGGAAACAAGGGAGGAGUUGGAGUUUCCUUCUUCUUCAAUCGAACAUCAUUUGGGUUUGUUAACUGCCACCUGACCUCUGGAAGUGAGAAAGUGCUAAGGAGGAAUCAGAACUUUGUGGACAUCCUUAGACUGCUUUCCAUGGGUGACAAACAGCUCUCUGCCUUUGAUAUAAGCCUGCGUUUCACUCAUCUCUUCUGGUGUGGAGACCUCAACUACAGGCUCGACCUGGAUGUGCAGGACAUCCUGAAACAUGUUUCCAAAAGAGAAUUCGAGGAACUCAUGUUUGCAGACCAGCUGACUCGAGAAAGACAAAAAAGGAAGGCCUUUUUCAAUUUCAAGGAAGAGAAGAUUACAUUUCCACCCACCUACCGGUAUGAGAGAGGCUCCAGAGACUGCUACCUUUGGCAGAAGUACAAGACAUCAGGAGUGCGAGUUAAUGUUCCAUCAUGGUGUGACCGGAUUCUGUGGAAGUCCUACCCAGAAACUCACAUCAUCUGCACGGCGUAUGGUUGCACUGAUGACAUCUUUACAAGCGAUCAUUCACCUGUUUUUGCCACCUUCCAAGUUGGAGUGACAUCUCAGUGCAGCUCCAAAUCAGAGGUAAAUUCCAGUGUAGAGAGGGCCUGGAUUGAGCUUGAAGAAAUUGACGCCAUUGUGAAGAGUUCUUCAUCGAGCAAGGCAAAGUUCUUCAUCGAGUUUCAUUCCUCGUGCCUUGAAGAGACACAACGCUCCAGUGAGAAUAAUUUACAAGGCUGUGAUGUUCCUGGGUUUCUCAAACUGGGCUGGACCUGCCAACAGCUACCAAAGCUCAUUCCACUCUUGUCUGAUCUGGAGUACCUCCAGGAUCAGCACUUGCUCUUAUCUGUAAAGUCAUGUGAUGGAUUCGAAUCAUACGGUGAAUGUUGUGUGGCUCUGCAGUCAGUGAUGGACGUGUCACAGAAAUUUGAGACAUUUUUGAGUCAUCGCGGUGAGGAGAUGGGCUCCAUACGAGGACGGGUCAGAGUUCAUGUGCCCAAGGACAGGCGAGCAACUCGGAAGAAGAUUUAUGACUUGUUUUGUUUUCAGAAAGAUGAUAAAGGUCCUGGAAGGGGAAACGUGUCUCUUGCAGCAACACGGAUUCCAGUUACUAGGCCAUCUGGAGUCCCUGUUAAACCUACGGCGAGCAGCUACACCAACCCUGCCUACUUUAUCUUUGAAGGUGUACCAGAUCCACACAGGGCAGAGGAGGCCCUUCCACAACGAAGGGACCCCCAGCUGAUCUGGUCUGGAAAUGAGGCCCUGCAGCUUCCAAAAGUCUCAGGGCGGCAGGGGUUUGACAGGAGACCCUGUCACAGAUCAGACUUUACAGAAAUUGAAAUUCCUGCUAUACUGUCCCAGUGCAAUCUAACAAAAGAUCUUCAUCUGUCUCAAACCAACUCUUCCUAUCAGCUCUUUCCAGCCCAAAGCCCAUCUCCAAUGCCUGCUCCCUCAACAAAUGCCUUGCCUCAGUUCCAGGAACAGACUUCACGCAUCAGAGAAAGAUGCCCAGGAAAACUAAAUGUUGUUCAGGACUCCAUGCAGCCUGAAAGCAACAUAUAUAUAAACCACUCAGAAAUCGGAAAGAAAAAAGCCAGAGGAGAUCACCAGCUUCUUCCGUUAAGAACAAAUGCCAUCCGCACAAAGUCCCCAUCCCUUCUGCCUUAUACUCCCACUCCCUUGACACAAUGUCAGCACUCUGUUUCCUGGAUUGUUGAUAAGCAGCCACGAACAGGAGACAACUCCCUCACUGCUUUGCAAAUUGCCAAGUCCCUCAGUGAGGUUGACUUCUUCCCUUCAGUGGAAAAAGGCCUAUCCACAGCCAGGCAGAGGGCAAGUUAUGGAAACGGCCCUUCAAUACUUGGAGACAGAGGCUGCAGCUGGGACAAGGAGGUGUCAGUCCUGAAAGGUGCACCAGAAACUGUGCAGGAGCUUCUUAGUACCCUAGGUCUUCAAAAAUACACCCUGGGACUUAGCCUGAACGGUUGGGAUGACUUGGAUUACUUCAGUGGGAUCACGGAGGAGGAUCUGUGUGCAGCGGGUGUCACAAACCCCUCCCACCGGCGCAGGAUCCUUGAAAACCUUCCCAGGAACUGGAACUAACAGAGAAAUGAUGGUACAAGGUCCUGUCCUGUUCAGUUCUGCUACUCACUUGAACUGGAAAAACUUUCAGAACUAAACAGAGCUCCCUCUGAUCUUAAGAAACAUCACGUUUGCUGGACACUUGUUGUUUUGUUUUUAUGUAAAACUGUAACAUGAGUUUAUCUGUGUCAAAAAAGAGAAGGAAACAUAACACAUUAAGUUCUUAUUGCACAUAUAUAUAUAUGUUGUUCAUCUGCAGCUUAAAUAACUGACCAAUAAGUGGAAGAAAUUAUAAUGAUAUUACAGCCUCUGUGAAUUGGUUUCAAAACACAAGUUUGUGUUUUCCAAAGUUCUUUUGAAGUCACUGUUUAAGAACCAUUUUCCUCUAUAUACAUUUUUUUACAUUGCUAUAAGUGAGCCACAGUGAUAUGUCUAAUAAUAAACCAAAAGAAAUUAAAAUCCAGCCAUAUCUACAGGA